GACGGAGAGCGUCAGCUGAGUGCUGAGCUCACUGUAGGACAAAGCCGGGUGAGCAGAGUGUGCUUGUGGACAAACUGCCGCCACUGUGAGUUUGGAAGUUUUGGAAUUUGUUUGUUUUCCACAAGACAAAUGUCCGAGAAUUAAAGAAGCUGCGGUAAACAAAGGAGGAGUAAGGAGCAGGAGGUGGGUUGAAGUGAUAACCCAGACUCCAGUGGGGAAAAAAAAAGAAUUAAUCAAAAAUGGAGAGAGAGGAGCAGAGUGAGAACAGCUUACAUACUAUAGCUAUCAUUGUGCUGUGCUGUGGGGCCGUGAAAAUGCUGCACAUGCUGGGAGUCAUCACUGUGGAGGAUAAAGCCGACGAUGACCUGGAGAUGACGAUGGUGUGUCAUCGACCAGAGGGCCUGGACCAGUUAGAAGCUCUGACCAACUUCAACAAAAGAGAGCUUCAGGUUCUCUACAGGGGCUUCAAGAAUGAGUGUCCAAGUGGAGUUGUAAACGAGGAAACCUUCAAGCAAAUAUACUCACAAUUCUUCCCUCACGGAGAUGCCAGCACCUAUGCUCACUACCUGUUCAAUGCAUUCGACACAGCACAGAGUGGCUCCAUCAAGUUUGAGGAUUUCGUCACAGCUCUGUCCACCCUGCUGAGGGGCUCCAUCACCGAGAAGCUGCAGUGGACGUUUAACCUCUACGACAUCAACAGAGACGGCUACAUCAACAAAGAAGAGAUGACAGACAUCGUCAGAGCGAUAUAUGACAUGAUGGGCAAGUACACUUACCCUGUCCUGAAGAACGACGCACCCAAACAGCAUGUGGAUGCCUUCUUUCAGAAAAUGGACAAAAACAGAGACGGUGUGGUCACUCUCGACGAGUUCAUCCUGUCUUGUCAAGAGGAUGAAAACAUCAUGAGGUCUCUACAACUCUUUGAGAAUGUCAUCUAGAGAAAAGAGAGAGCCACUGAAACAGACAAAAGCACAGAGCAGGAGGAGAGGAGAGAACAAAGAAGAAAGAAAGGGAAGAAUGAAUGAGAUGAGGAUGAGGAUGAGGAUGAGAACACGCGGGGGAGAAAGAGCUUGUCGCGUUCCGUGUGAUGGUGGCCACAGAACUUCACGGAACGCAAUCUUUGCUGUGUGAAAUCCAUGGCAACCACUGUUUUUUUGGAAAAUGUCCUUCAGACUUUCACCCUUCAUUUGACCUUUCCGUGAACAUUCAUUCCUGUAGCCUCCAGGUUCCCUUGUUUGUCUGUUGUCUUGUUGGACGGUGUGUACUUCAUGUCAUCAUGUAAAUACUAUCGGUUUAUGUCAAACAGGACUGGAACUCCAGCUUAGAAGUGAGAUCAACUGAGUGCAUACUUUGUGCAUUCGAGGCUUAAAUAAUGUUCUUUUUUUUUGUGUCAAUACAAACAAACGUGAGCAAUAUUUGUGAAGCAUGCAAGACCAGAGGCCUACAGUUAGUUCAACACAUGUAUAGUGCCAUAAAAGAAAAAGCUAAUCGUCUUGCUAAGUGGCUCCGUUCUGGAGGACAGGUCCGGGUGAAGCAGUCUCGCAGAGCCACCUCAUCUGUGGUCCGAAAAAACACCAAAUUCAGACGCAGACAUGUGCAGGCUUGCACAACUGAGUGUGACGUCAGGCGGCCUGCCACCGUCUCACAUCUGGUGGCAGCUUACGACGACGGUCCCCCCCCAAAAAAAGCCCUCGUCACUCCCACUGUGUGUGUUCCAGUGGUGUCCAGUGUUUCAGUGUUGUAAUGAUGCCACUGUAGAUAUUUAACUGUUGUUGUACCCGUGGCUUCUUGUCGCUGUCUGGAGCGAUUUGUGUCCGUCUGUGUUUCUGACUGUCUUAUCUAAUUGUUUUCCUGUCAAAUGCGAUGUCACGUUGUUUUCCUAUACCUGGCAUUGAUUGUGAAAUGAAGAGUUGAAAGAGUUCCACUUUGAGGCAUACAGACACUGGGGAGGAGUGUGCAUGCAUCUAAAUGUGUGGUGCCUUGGUUUGGAGUUUUUAUUUAUUUAUUAAAGUGUCUUUUUAUUAUUUUAGCACACAAUAGUUUCAUCACGUGGACGCUGCGGUGAUUCCAGCUGACCUGGUCAUGUCUCUGCCACAGAGGAGAGUUUGGUUGUUAAUUCUGUCUGUUGAAAAUAUCAACUCAGAGUGACCAACCUUUCACUGUGAGGGACAGACAGACAGACAGACAGAGAGACAGACAGAGGGAGUAAGGUGGGUGGACGGAUGCUGGGAGGAGGACGGACGGCGUACGAUGAGAGUAAAGACCUUUUCACUGAUUCUGAAGGAAUGGAAGCCAUGUUUCAAACGAGAGCCAUUGUUGUGAAGACAGAGCAGGCCAUGAACACACACACACACACACACACACACACAUUUCUGAAUGAUUUUACUGUCAUGCCCACUCACUGUGCUGCCAACAGAGAAGCCUUGCUGAGAGCAGAUAUG